AUCAUGUCUGGUCGUGGCAAGGGCGGGAAGGGUCUGGGCAAGGGGGGCGCCAAGCGCCACCGCAAAGUGCUGCGCGACAACAUCCAGGGCAUCACCAAGCCCGCCAUUCGGCGGCUGGCCCGGCGCGGCGGCGUCAAGCGCAUCUCCGGCCUCAUCUACGAGGAGACCCGCGGGGUGCUCAAGGUGUUCCUGGAGAACGUGAUUCGCGACGCCGUCACCUACACGGAGCACGCCAAGCGCAAGACGGUCACGGCCAUGGACGUGGUCUACGCGCUCAAGCGCCAGGGCCGCACACUCUACGGCUUCGGGGGCUAAAGCCGAUCUCUCAAUAGCUAAUCUAAAAGGCCCUUUUCAGGGCCGCCCACGAAAUCUGCUAAAGCGCUGUAGACUUUAGAAAUCCCCUUCUCAGAGCUCCCAACCCUGAGUUCCAUAAGUACGUGGUCUACGGGAAUUCGUUUAGGAUGGGAGAGCAGAACGUGUCUCAGAUUGUAACGGCGUCCCUGUGCCACCAUAUCUAGAAAGUGCCAAAUCCUACGGUGA